CAGUCACGUGAGCUCCCGCAGGGACGUCUGUCAGUGUCGCCGUGUGAUGACGUCAAGUCGGGAUUUGUUUACUGCUACGUGUUCGGGAAGUGGAAGCGGGUCGGCUAGCGGGGAGAGAAGGUGGCGGAGCAGGAGGGGAGGCAGGCCGGCACUAUGAGCUGGUUCAACGCCUCGCAUCUAUCCACCUUCGCCAAGCAGGCGUUGUCCCAGGCGCAGAAGUCCAUAGACCGGGUGCUGGACAUCAAGGAGGACGAGACUGCCUGGGCUGACUCCAUUAUCACGCCCUUCCAGGAAGGUAGGCCAUCUCUUCCACAUACUGGGAGCUGGGAGAAUUCUAACUGGGGAGGAAAUUUAGAAGAAAGCCAAACACAAGUAGUUUUGACGCCGACGGCCAUCACCAAGCCGGUCAGAAGAACUGUAGUGGAUGAAUCUGAGAAUUUUUUCAGUGCCUUUCUCACCUCAUCAGAGGUUAACCCGGGAACGGUUAGUUCUGUGGUGUCCACACCCCCCGCCAAAUCUCAAAGACCGAAAGAAGAGGUAAAACAGACAUCACCCGAGCCUGUAGACAAAGUCGGGCAGGAAAAUGCUCCAGAUAAUGAGCGGUCGCAACAGACAAGCCCAACCCAAAGUCUGGAACAAGUUGACUUAUCUAUAGAGGACUUGAUACUGGUGAAGUCAGAGGAUUUAUCAGAGGAGAAAUGUGACCCUGAAAUAACCAACCAGGACUCUGGUGGGGAUCCUGAAAGUGUUAAAGAUCACUUGGAGCCCAAAACGGGAGAGGAGCCUAACAGUUCAGUGGCUUCACCAGAAACAAAGGACAAUGCAUUAGAUCUAAAAGACCAAAAACUUGAAGAUAGGCAGAGCAACACUCCAUCUCCCCCCGUUAGCAACUUCUCCUCCGGCACCUCAACAACUAGUGACAUUGAGGUAUUGGACCAUGACAGUGUGAUCAGCGAGAGCUCUGUCAGCUCCAGGCAAGAGGUGGGCGAUUCCAAGGGCAACCUCAACUUAAUGCAGAAUUCCUUCCAGCUUUUAUCUCCUUCGGUUGAAUACGGUCGUUUGGAUGAGUUUCAGAAACUCACAGAGAGUUGUUCUUCCUCUGACGCCUUUGAAAGAAUAGACUCUUUCAGCGUGCAAUCUCUGGACAGUCGCAGCAUAAGCGAAAUCAACUCUGAUGACGAGCUGUCGGGCAGAGGGUGCACACUGGUCGCCAUGGCAGUAAGCUCUUCCCCCCCGAGCCUGGACGUCACCGACUCCACAGAGAGCAAAACCGAUGAGGAAGUUAAUGAAACAGUACUUGUGCACUCUAGUGAUGAUAUAGAGAUGGAGGAGAGUGGAAGAUGUGCAACUCCUGUGAAUUCAGAACAGCCGGAUCUCCUUGUCACCGCACUCCAAGCACAUGAGACAGAGGCAGCCGAGCAGAAAAUGUCAGCUGAGCUGCAAGACAAUAGCAGCAAGCCAAAGGUUGAGUACUCUGUGGAAGAUAUGCAUAAGAUCAUCGAUGAACUUACAACGCGGCUGGACAAGAGGGAGAUACAACUGUUAUCCGUCAGCAAAGAAAAAGCACUUCUGGAAGAAACACUCGACAAUCUCAGAGAUGAACUGGUCAGAGUUAAGGAGGAAAGCCACAGCAUUUCCUUGUUGAAAGACGAGUUCACGCAUCGAAUUGCGGAAGCUGAGAGGAGGGCACAGCUAGCAUGUAAAGAACGAGAUACCGCAAAAAAGGAAGUAAAAACUGUGAAGGAGGAGCUGGCCACGCGGCUAAACUCCAGUGAAACGGCGGAGAUAAUGAGAGAGAAGGAUGAGCAAAUUCAAGGUCUCCUGGAAGAAGGGGAGAAGCUUUCUAAACAACAGCUGCACAAUUCUAAUAUCAUCAAAAAGCUGCGAGCGAAGGAAAAGGAGCACGAGCACACAGUCACAAAACAGGGAAAGAAGAUUCGGGAGCUGGAGGAUGAAAUGCAGCUGUUAAAGCAGACAUUAGACGGUAAGGAAGAGCUGGAGAAGCAGCAUCGGGAGAACAUCAGAAAGCUGAACGGCAUGGUGGAAAGGCAGGAGAAGGAUGUGGGAAGACUACAGGCUGAAGUGGAGGAAGUUCAAGAGAACAACCGCAGCCUCCAAUCUGCUUUGGACAGUUCCUACAAAGAGCUUGCGGAGUUGCACAAGGCCAAUGCUACAAAAGCCAGCGAGGCUCAGGAAGUGGCGUUAAGCUGCGAGAUCAAAGCAAAAGAAGAAAUGUGCUUUGCACUGGAGAAAGCCAAAGAGGAGACACAGAAGCAGCAGGAGGCAUUGGCGAUGCAGGUGACUGAUCUAAGAAUUGCCCUUCAAAGAGCAGAGCAACAGGCAGCAAGGAAGGAGGAUUAUCUGCGGCAAGAAAUUGCAGAACUGCAACAGAGACUGCAAGAAGGUGAAGCUCGGAACCAGGAAUUGAGUCAGAGUGUCACUUCAGCCACCAGACCUUUGCUGCGUCAGAUCGAGAACCUACAAGCCACCUUGGCUGCACAGACAGCAUCCUGGGAGAAACUGGAGAAGAAUCUAUCUGAUCGACUCACUGAAUCCCAGACUUGGUUAGCAUCAGCAGUGGAGAAAGAAAGAGCAUCUGCAGAGGAACUCUUGUCUAUAAAGAUACAAAUAUCAGCAAUGGAGUCUCAGAAUAGUCUUCUCCGGCAGGAAAAGUGCCGCUUGCAGGCUCAACUAGAGGUGGAGAAGUCCAGGCUAUCAAAGAUGGAGGAAGAGCACAGCAGAAACCAAGUGGAGCUGGAAAAUCUAAAGAUGGAGUACAAGAAAAUGGUUGAAGAAGCCAGAAAAGAAAAGAAUAUGCUGACCAAUCAGUUGGAGAUGGAGAAGAUGAGGGUGGAGCAGGAGAAGAAGAAGGUCUUGCUAGCCCAAGAAGCUGUGAAAGAGAAGGAACGUAAGUCUUAUGGAUUACCUUCAGCAGAACCAGGCACUCCCACUCCAACACUGUCCAGAUCUAGCUCAGUUAGCGGGGUAGAUCUGACUGGUAUGCAGACGUCUCUUUUGGUCCAGGAUGAGUCUCAUGACAACCUCUAUGGAUCGAUGACCAUGUCUAUCAGUGGUACUAACCUCUACGAUGCUGUGCGGAUGGGCGCUGGCUCCAGCGUCAUUGAAAACUUACAGUCACAGCUAAAACUACGAGAAGGCGAGAUCGCCCAGCUUCAGCUUGAAAUCGGGAACUUGGAAAAAACUCGCUCUAUACUUGCUGAAGAAGUUGUGAAGUUGAACAAUUUAAAUGAUGAACUGGAAGAGAAGGUGAAAGAGAUUCCCAUACUGCGGGCUCAGAUGAAGGACUUGGACCAGAGAUACAACACCAUACUGCAGAUGUACGGCGAGAAGGCGGAGGAGGCAGAAGAAUUGCGCCUAGAUUUAGAAGAUGUAAAAAAUAUGUACAAGACUCAAAUCGAUGAACUUUUACAGCAACAGAUGAAUUGAUUUGAAGUAUAGAGCCAACCAAAACACAUUUGUAGAUUGACAAAAAAAUGUUUUAACUGGUAAUAUGUUUAAUAUGUAAUUAUCUUGUAAAAAUAAUCGGUGUAAAUUAGAAAAGUUUUAUUCUGCGCAUGUUUAUAAUGACCUUCUGCUUUGUAGCCAUCGCUUAGAGAGAAGCUCCCUCCCCAAACAGAGUUCUAUAUUCUGUGUGCAGUGGGGUCCUAUCUCCACCUAG